UCAACCACCUCAACCACCUCAUCCUCAUCGCCCUCAACAACCUCAACCACCUCAUCCUCAUCGCCGGCAUCCUCCUCAUCACCUGCAAUCACCUCAACAACCUCAUCCUCCUCAUCGCCCUCAACAACCUCACCCUCCUCGUCUUCCUCAUCGCCCUCAACCAUCUCAACCACCUCAACCACUUCAUCCUCCUCCUCCCCUUCAAAAACGUCAAGCGCCUCAUCCCCCUCAUUGCCCCCAACGACCUCAUCCCCCUCACCCUCCUCAUCCUCCUCAACCACCUCACCCUCCUCAUCCUCCUUAUCGCCCUCAACAACCUCAACCACCUCAUCCUCAUCGCCCUCAACAACCUCAACCACCUCAUCCUCAUCGCCCUCAUCCUCCUCAUCACCUGCAACCACCUCAACAACCUCAUCCUCCUCCUCGCCCUCAACAACCUCACCCUCCUCAUCUUCCUCAUCCCCCUCAACCACCUCACCCUCUUCAUCUUCCUCCUCAUCGCCCUCAACCACCUCAACCACCUCAUCCUCAUCCCCCUCAACCACCUCAACCACCUCAUCCUCAUCACCCUCAACAACCUCACCCUCCUCGUCUUCCUCACCGCCCUCAACCACCUCAACCUCCUCCUCCUCAUCGCCCUCAAACACCUCACCCUCCUCAUCCUCCUCCUCGCCCUCAACCACCUCACCCUCCUCAUCCUCCUCAGCGCCCUCAGCCACCUCAACCACUUCAUCCUCCUCCUCCCCCUCAACAACCUCAACCACCUCAUCCUCAUCGCCCUCAUCCUCCUCAUCACCUGCAAUCACCUCAAGCACCUCAUCCUCCUCAUCGCCCUCAACAACCUCAACCACCUCAACCACUUCAUCCUCCUCCUCCCCCUCAACAACGUCAAGCACCUCCUCAUCCCCCUCAUUGCCCCCAACCACCUCAUCCCCCUCACCCUCCUCAUCCUCCUCAACCACCUCAUCCACUCCAACCAGCUCGACCACCAAAACAACAAGCAUAGCUCCCACCAGCUCAACCAUCUCAACCACCUCACCCACCACCUCACCCUCACGCCUCAUCCCCCUCAUUGCCCCCAACAACCUCAUCCCCCUCACCCUCCUCAUCCUCCUCAACCACCUCAACCACCUCAUCCACUCCAACCAGCUCGACCACCACAACAACAAGCAUAGCUCCCACCAGCUCAACCAUCUCAACCACCUCACCCACCACCCCUCAUCCUCCUCAACCACCUCAUCCACUCCAACCAGCUCGACCACCACAACAACAAGCAUAGCUCCCACCAGCUCAACCAUCUCAACCACCUCACCCACCACCUCACCCUCAGCCCCCUCCUCGACCACCACAACAACAAGCAUAGCUCCCACCAGCUCAACCAUCUCAACCACAUCACCCACCACCUCACCCUCAGCCCCCUCGUCCUCUUCAUCCUCCUCCUCGCCCUCAACCACCUCACCCUCCUCAUCCUCCUCCUCCCCCUCAACAACCUCAACCACCUCAUCCUCAUCGCCCUCCACCACUUCAGCUGUGCCUACUGAAUCAACCACGUCCACCUCAACCUCCACCACUUCAGCCGGUCCAACCGAAUCAACCACGUCCACCACGUCCACAACCUCCUCCAGCCCCACCGAGUCCACCAGCACCUCAACCACCUCAACCGCCUUGACCACUCCCACUGAAUCAACCACAUCCACCACCAGUUCAACCACCUCAGCCGUCUCCACCGAGUCCACCACGUCCAUUUCCACCUCCACCACCUCUGCCACCGUGUCCACCACCUCCACCUCCUCCACCACCUCAGCCUCACCCACUGAAUCAACCACGUCCAUCACCACCUCAAGAUCAACCACAUUGGCCACACCCACUGAGUCCACCACCAGCACCUCAAACACCUCAACCACCUCAACCACCUCAACCACCUCAACCACCUCGUCCACCACCUCCACCUCCACCUCAACCACGGUCGCCACCCCCACUGAGUCCACCACGUCCACCACCAGCACCUCAACCACCUCAGCCGUCCCCACCGAGACCACCAAGUCCACCACCUCCUCAACCACCUUGGCCACCCCCACAGAGUCCACCACUUCAGCUGUGCCUACUGAAUCAACCACGUCCACCUCAACCUCCACCACUUCAGCCGGUCCCACCGAAUCAACCACGUCCACCACGUCCACAACCUCCUCCACCCCCACCGAGUCCACCAGCCCCUCAACCACCUCAACCACCUUGGCCACUCCCACCGAAUCAACCACGUCCACCACCUCCACCACCCCCACCGAGUCCACCAGCCCCUCAACCACCUCAACCACCUUGGCCACUCCCACUGAAUCAACCACGUCCACCACC